GUGACAUAACGCAAAAGGGAUAUGAGAAGAAGAGGACAAGACUCCUUUCUCCGUAUGUGCCUAAGCAGAAUUCCACCGGCAGCAGCUGCGGAAAUGAUGCGGGGAAUGAAUUCAGCGGCGGCGGAGGCGGCGGAAGCAGCACGGCCAUCCAAGGGGGAGGCAAGCACCAGCACACGAGGCGACGCACUCAACGUCGCGUUACGCACAACGAGAAACGAUAUCAUUCAGAUGUGGGUGACGGACAACAGUCCAAGGACGGUGGAAGGAGUGGCGUUAGUCCAGCGACGCGAGCGAUGCGUCGAGGAAACCGACGUCUUACGCGAAAUGAGAGCAGGUACCAUUCAGAGGUUCGACAAGAGGCUGUGCAACAAGCCCUGGCUCAGGCACUGCAAAAUAGGCACAAACCUUCGAUGCCCAUGCCAUCGAAGAGAACAUCGGUAAUGGCCAGGAGUCCGGAAAGGGAUCAUCACGAUUCAGAGUCAUCCUCUGACGAAGACAGCAUCGUUAACGAGGAAACAAUAGAAAGUACGCCAGAAAGGGAAAAGGUGAGAGACAGAAGCGGUCUUCAAAUGUUUCCCCCACCACCCCCUUCCGAUACCAGCAGCACGGGAUCCCCGCCGCCAUUGCAUCACAGGCCUCGAUUGCCGCCCCCGAACAAUUUCGACGACAAAAGAAAUCAGGAAAUAACUGAAAUUACUGAGAUUCUACAAAAUUUGCGACCAUAUUCGCAACCUCCAGACGUCACCCACAACACGGUUCAAGGUCAGGGAGGUAGAAGGGCAGCAGCAGAUAGGGUAAACAGAUAUGCCUCCUCGACUUCUGAUGACACCAUCGGCACUGGUACCGGACGAUGGAAAGUUUCGACCAAAAUCCAACAACUGCUCAAUACUCUAAAAAGGCCAAAACGACGACCACUUCCAGAGUUCUACGAGGACGAUGACAUUGAACUGGAAAUAGCAGCCAAUCCCAAGGACCCCAACGCCCCCAAACCAGAAGGAAGCUCAAUGAGCCCAGCAGUUGGUGAACAACUGGUUGUGCCUUCUGGGCUUCCCAGGAGUUUAGAGGCAGCUAUCACUAGAUAUGGGAAUGCAACUUUCAAAGCACCAGUAGCAACUGUUUUAGAUCCCAAUGGAAAAUUAACAGUAACAUUAACUUAUGGUAAACUUCUUAGUCGCUCGCACAAAAUAGCAUACGCACUUCUGACCAAAUCCUUUAGCAAAAAUGGUGAUACUAGUUUAAAAUCCGGUGACCGUGUAGCCCUAGUCUAUCCAAAUAACGAUCCGAUAAACUUCCUCUGCGCUUUCUAUGGCUGCUUGCAAGCAGGCAUCGUUCCUGUGCCCAUCGAAGUACCGAUCACUAGAAGAGAUGCCGGAUCCUUACAGAUCGGAUUCCUUCUGGGCAGUUGUGCUGUACAAGUGGCACUUACUUCAGAAGCGUGUUUGAAGGGCCUGCCGAAAACAACAUCCGGAGAAGUGAUACAGUUCAAAGGCUGGCCGAAAUUGACAUGGUUCGUUACCGAACAUCUAGCCCGAACUCCGAAAGACUGGUCUCCGACUCCCAGGUUAACUGACGAGACACCUGCAUACAUUGAGUACAGCACAGACCGAGAUGGUUCUGUCAUGGGUGUCACAAUAACCCGCGCCGCAAUGGUACAACACUGCAGGAUGUUAACAAUGUCUUGCAACUACACCGAAGGCGAGAACAUGGUUUGCGUCUUAGACUUCAAACGAGAGGUGGGAAUGUGGCAUUCGGUCUUGACAAGUAUCCUGAAUGGUAUGCAUGUAAUAUACAUCCCAUACGCGCUCAUGAAAGUUAACCCUGCCAGCUGGAUGCAAAUGAUUACCAAGCACAGGGCCUGUGUGGCAGUCGUCAAGUCCAGGGAUCUUCACUGGGGCCUGCUUGCUACCAAAGACCACAAGGACAUCAACUUGGGAUCACUGCGAAUGCUACUGGUAGCAGACGGAGCGAACCCGUGGUCUCUCAGCUCAUGUGACCAGUUUUUAUCAGUAUUUCAGUCGAAGGGACUCAGGGCGGAUGCCAUCUGUCCUUGUGCCAGCUCUAGCGAGGUACUAACAGUGUCUGUUCGAAGACCGGGAAGAGGCGGAGUCAAUGCCACGGGUCGAGGCGUGCUCUCCAUGCAGGGACUCAGUUUUGGAGUUGUUCGAGUUGAUCAGGAGAACAGCCUUACCUCUCUUACGUUACAAGACUGUGGACAAGUGAUGCCAGGAUGUGUGAUAGUAGUAGUAAAACUUGAAGGGCCUUCUUAUCUCUGCAAGACAGACGAAGUAGGAGAAAUAUGUGUCAAUUCCGGAGCCACAGGCACUCAGUACUGGGGUUUACAAGGUCUCAGCAAUAAUACUUUCAAAGUCCAACCUCUUGGAACGGACGGUAAACCAUUAUCGGACGCAGAGUAUACCAGGUCCGGCUUGCUAGGAUUCUUAGGGCCCGGAGGACUGGUGUUCGUCUGUGGUUCCCGAGAUGGUCUGAUGACAGUGACUGGUCGAAAACAUAACGCCGAUGACAUAAUUGCUACCGUUCUGGCUGUGGAACCCAUGAAAUUCAUUUACCGUGGCAGGAUAGCAGUGUUUAGUAUUAGGGUGCUCAGAGAUGAGAGGAUAUGUGUUAUAGCGGAACAGAGGCCAGACUGCAGCGAAGAGGAGUCUUUCCAAUGGAUGUCCAGGGUACUUCAAGCCGUCGACUCAAUCCACCAGGUCGGACUGUACUGCUUGGCUCUGGUACCGCCAAAUUAUCUUCCGAAGACUCCUUUAGGUGGAAUACAUUUAUCAGAAACUAAACGAAGAUUCAUGGAAGGUAACCUUCAUCCAGCGAAUGUACUGAUGUGUCCCCACACUUGUGUCACGAAUUUGCCGAAACCUAGGGAGGUUCAUUCAGCCAUGACUGUGUGUGAACAAGUGACAUCUUUUACUUUGAUUGGUGUUUGUUGUCAGCAACAAUUUAUUGCUGAAAUUCUUCGAUGGAGAGCUCACAGCACUUCAGACCACAUCCUCUUCACCCUUCUGAAUAGCAAAGGCGCUGUCGCCAAAGUCCUAUCUUGUUCGGAACUUCACAAGAGAGCAGAAAGGAUAGGCAAUCUCCUCGUAGAAAAGGGCAAAGUCAACACAGGGGACCACGUAGCUUUGAUAUUCCCUCCUGGCUUGGACUUGAUUUGCGCAUUCUACGGCUGCCUCUAUGUAGGUGCCGUACCAGUGACUAUCCGCCCUCCCCAUCCGCAGAAUCUGCAAACGACUCUACCCACUGUCAGGAUGAUCGUGGAUGUAUCGAAGUCGGUUUUGGUGCUCUCCAUUCAGGCUGUGAUCAAGCUCCUUCGGUCGAAAGAAGCGAGUAAUGUAGUCGACAUUAAAUCCUGGCCAAUGAUACUCGACACGGAUGACAUGCCGAAGAAGAAGCUACCCGUGCCGUACAGGGCUCCCACCGCCGAAAUGUUGGCCUAUUUGGACUUUAGCGUUUCCACUACAGGAAUGUUGGCAGGUAUCAAGAUGUCCCAUGCUGCCGUCACUAAUUUGUGUAAGAGUAUGAAGCUAGCAUGCGAAUUGUACCCCAGUAGGCAUAUAGCGCUUUGCUUGGAUCCCUAUUGCGGACUUGGUUUUUCAUUAUGGUGUUUGAGCAGCAUCUAUUCGGGCCACCACUCUAUAUUAAUCCCGCCUUCGGAAGUCGAGGUCAAUCCCUCUCUGUGGCUCACUGCCGUGAGUCAGUACAAAGUCAGAGACACCUUCUGUUCUUACGGAGUAAUGGAGCUAUGCACGAAAGGGCUCGGUUCGUCCGUAAACCAACUGAAAACAAGAGGCAUCAACUUAGCGUGCGUCAGAACAUGCGUAGUCGUUGCAGAAGAACGGCCCCGAAUUAAUCUCACCACCAGCUUCUCGAAGCUCUUCAGCGCCUUAGGGCUAAGCCCCAGAGCAGUGUCGACAUCCUUCGGCUGCAGAGUGAACGUGGCCAUUUGCCUGCAAGGGGCUUCUAGUCCGGAGCCUUCGACAGUAUUCGUAGAUCUGAGAGCACUGAGGAAUGACAGAGUGAGUUUAGUCGAGAGGGGGAGCCCGCACAGUUUGUGUGUCAUGGAGAGCGGCAAGCUCCUGCCUGGAGUCAAGGUGAUUAUAGCUAAUCCGGAGACGAAAGGACAGUGUGGUGACUCACAUUUGGGUGAAAUUUGGGUGCAGAGCGGACAUUCCGCCAGCGGGUAUUUCACUAUCUAUGGAGAUGAAACUGAAUAUGGAGAUCACUUCAACGCUCGUCUGGUUACAGGAAACACUGGUGAAAUCUAUGCUCGGACAGGAUACCUAGGCUUCUUAAGAAGAACGGAGUUGAUUGAGAAAUCUUGUGUAGGAGACGAGACCAUACUCAAUAGAGAAAGUGAUAAUGAAUCGGUGGGAUCAUCUCAUCAUCUGGUAACCACAGACGCUUCAGAACUGCACGAUGCAGUUUUCGUCGUUGGCGCACUCGACGAGACGAUCAUGCUGCGCGGGAUGAGAUACCAUCCCAUUGAUAUAGAAAAUAGUGUUUUAAGGUGCCAUAAGAAAAUUGCUGAAUGUGCUGUGUUUACUUGGACCAAUCUGCUGGUUGUCGUCGUGGAACUUGACGGCAAUGAAAGCGAAGCUCUAGACCUAGUACCUCUGGUGACGAAUACCGUUUUGGAAGAACACCAUUUGAUUGUAGGUGUGGUAGUUGUUGUAGAUCCGGGUGUUGUGCCAAUUAAUUCUCGAGGUGAGAAGCAACGAAUGCAUCUAAGAGACGGUUUCCUAGCGGACCAACUCGACCCAAUUUAUGUUGCUUAUAACAUGUAAAGUUGUUGUAGAAUAUUCAUGAGUUGAGCGGCAAAUCGCGUCCAACAUAAAGUAAUUCAUAUAAUCAUUUUAGUAUAUAUAUCCCACUCCUGAUAUUAUCAGGGUUUUUAUCCCACAUCUGACGUAUUUGUGAUAUAUUUUUAUUUGACAUUUUAACUGUAUGUUUCAGUUACAAAAUAAGCAAGCUAAUGGUUAAUUUAAUAUUUUGUUAGGGCGCGAUUUGGUCAAGUACAUUGUUUAAAGAAUUUGAUUAUUUGUUAUGCCAUGGAUUGAUAAUUUCAAUUAUUCUGUUUUAGAAUCAUUUGGAUUCUUUGAAUGACGUAUGAAAAGCUCAAGUAAACAUGCAGGGUUCUGCAUUAAUGUGUAUGGUUGUUCCUAACUUGACACUAGGACAAAUAUUAUGAAGUAAAACAUUAAUGUGGUGCCCUGUAUACGUCUGUACACCUAUCUCAAAAGUAUGAUUUUAACUUGAUGAUAAUGUAUAGAUGUGAAUAUUAUGGCCUAAUAGGCUUCUAUGUAAAGAUUUUAUGUAAUAUUUAGAUUGUACAGUAUGGAUUAGUUAAUUUUGCUUUUUGAAUUAGUGCAAUCGAAACUGUCUGAUAUUCUAUUCCUGUUUACUUUUUAGCAUGUCUGGAGUUGGUUUUGUGAGAAGCAGUUUGUAAAUGGGUAUCAUUCAUAGAUAUCAUUUACUCUUUGGGGUAUUUAAUUUUAUAUAUACAUAUAUAUAUAUUGAGAAAGACAAGUUUGGAAUGUUCUAUUUGAGGUACCAAAAUGUAGUAAUGAUAAAUAUUCAUUUUCGGUCUCGCACUAGCUUUUGAGUUGAUUAUUUUGUAUGACAGCUGCAAAAUACUUCAUGCGAUGGGAUCGGCCUAUACUUGAUGAAAAUCAAUAACGCAUUCAAUAAACACUUUAUUGUGAGAUUUUCACCAAACAGUUUUACAAAAAUAUGUUUUGCUAUAGGUAUUCGUAG